AUGAAAUAUUUGAAAAUAGAACGCAAAAGACUUCGGCAGGAUUUACAGGCAGAAUCCGAUCCCGACCUAAAAGAAACUUUUAAGGAAGCCAUAGAAAUCAUCGAACAAAAUAUCGACGAUGCGAAAUUACAGAUGCGUCAAAAAUCCGAAUCCGAAGAGGGCGUGCACCGCGUCCGCGAAAAAGUACGCGACGAUACGCGUACAAAAUUUGAAAAAUUUAAAGUGUGGGCUAAAGAAAAUCUAGGAGUUUUAUCGGCCAUCGCCAUUUCCAUCGCGGGUAUCAUUACGACCGUCGUCGUCGCCGGAAAAAAGACGUUGGUCGGUACCGCGAAGGGAUUGGGAGAAGUGGGAAAAGGGUUGGCGAAAGUCGCGAAAGCCGCUUUACCCGUCUUCAUUCCGAUCCUGAAUAUGUUGGCGACAAUAUUAAGUUGGGGAGCCAAAGGAUUAGAAUUGCUCGCGAAAAAUUUAUGGAUCGUCGCUAUUAUCGUUGCCACGAUCAUCUACGAAUAUUUUAAAAAGAAGAAAUAA